GGCGAAGAGGGAGGGUGGCGAUCGACUACCUCUCAUCUUCUUACUUACAAUAAUUAUACUAAAUACGGGAAGAUGCCAGGCUCAAAUACUCACGGGCCAGGUAUUAAAUCCUCCAUACUUUAACCUGGCCGAGGGGAGGAAGAUUUACUCGUCUGCAACGUGCGGAGAGGGUGUUUCCGAACCGGAAUUGUAUUGUAAAUUAGUGGGUGCCAAUACGGAUCGAUUAGACAAUCCCAACAUCAAUUUAAUCCAGGGUCAAGUUUGCGAUUUCUGUGACGUCAACGAUCCUAGGAUCUCUCAUCCUCCCGAAUAUGCCAUCGACGGAACGGAGAGAUGGUGGCAGAGUCCUCCUUUAUCGCGUGGAAAUAAAUAUAACGAAGUGAAUUUGACCAUCGAUUUAGGCCAGGAAUUCCAUGUGGCUUACGUAUUUAUUAAAAUGGGUAAUUCUCCUCGUCCCGGUAUUUGGGUGCUGGAAAGAUCCAUCGAUAACGGAGAAACGUAUAGACCUUGGCAAUAUUUUGCCGACACUCCGGGAGAUUGUAUUCAAUAUUUUGGAGAAGAUUCUUAUAAACCAAUCGUGAAGGACGAUUCCGUUAUCUGCGAAACAAAGUUUUCAAAAGUCGUACCGCUGGAAGGAGGAGAAAUUGUUGUUUCGCUCUUAAAUGAUAGACCCAAUGCGGAUAAUUUUUCGUAUUCGCCAAUAUUGCAAGAGUGGACUAAAGCAACUAAUGUUCGCUUGAGAUUGUUAAGAACAAAAACGUUGCUAGGGCAUUUAAUGUCCAUUGCUAGGCAAGAUCCUACAGUUACAAGAAGAUAUUUUUAUAGUAUUAAAGACAUCAACAUUGGUGGCCGUUGUGUAUGCAAUGGCCACGCAGACUCGUGUGACAUCACUGAUCCGAACGAUCCUUAUAAACUUCUUUGUCGUUGUCAACAUAACACCUGUGGAGCACAGUGUGAUCAGUGCUGUCCUGGCUAUGUACAAAAAAAAUGGAGACGAGCGAUAGCGGGAAACCCAUUUGUUUGCGAACCUUGCAACUGUUUUGGUCAUUCUAAUGAAUGUGUUUAUGAUGAAGACAUUGACAACAAACAUUUGAGUAUAGACAUUCAUGGCAGUUAUGAGGGUGGAGGAAUCUGUUUGAGCUGUCGUCAUCACACCACUGGUAUCAAUUGUAAUGAAUGUGAAGAAAAAUAUUAUAGACCUUAUGGAAAGCAACUGAAUGACACAGAUGUUUGUCAAGAAUGUAUUUGCGAUUUAUCAUUUUCUACUGGUAACUGUGCUGAUGGGACCGGUUUAUGUGAAUGCAGACCGGAAUUUCUUCCACCCUAUUGUGAUCAAUGUAGUCCAGGUUAUUAUGAUUAUCCAACCUGUCGUCCCUGUGAUUGUAAUAUUAAUGGCACACAGGGUGCCAUAUGUCAAGUUGGUGGUGGACAAUGUCCUUGUAAGCCAAAUUAUUCAGGUCUGAGUUGUGACAAAUGUGCCGAAGAAUACUAUAAUUUUCCAGAAUGCCUUCCAUGUGAAUGCUCACAAAUAGGUUCUAUAAGUUCUGUUUGUAAUCACGAUAGUGGACAAUGCUCUUGCUAUAAUAAUUAUGGGGGUCGUGAAUGUAAUCAGUGUGAUUUGGGAUAUUACGAUUAUCCAGACUGCAAAUUUUGUUCGUGUGAUCCUGACGGUAGCACGAAAGAAAUAUGUGAUAACAUCACUGGGGAAUGUUUAUGUCGACCUGGAUAUGGUGGUUCACGAUGUGAUCAAUGUUUAGCUGGAUAUUUUGGCUAUCCAAAAUGCCAAGAAUGUGGUUGUGAUGAAUAUGGUUCCAGUAGUUCUGUAUGUGAUAGAACUGGAAGAUGUCCUUGUUCUCCUAAUUUUUCAGGACCAAAGUGUGACAAAUGUUCUCCUGGAUAUUAUAAUUAUCCUGAAUGUUUACCUUGUGAUUGUGAAACAUCAGGUUCAUUAGGAAUAUCAUGUAACAACGAAGGUCAAUGCGUAUGUCAUUCAAAUUUUGAUGGAGAAAAAUGUGAUCGAUGCCGUGAAGGUUUUUAUAAUUAUCCAUUGUGUGAAGAAUGUAAUUGCAAUCCGGCUGGAAUUUUAGCGACGUUUGGGGGUUGCGGAAGUUUAACAAGUGGAGAGUUGUGCGAAUGUAAACGUCACGUGACCGGUCGAAUAUGCCAUCAGUGUCAAGCUUUAUAUUGGAAUUUAAAAGCAAAUAAUCCUGACGGAUGCGAAGAUUGUAAUUGCUAUGGACCCGGCACGUUAGGUGGGAUCGGAAUGUGUGACGGAGUAACCGGCCAGUGCAUGUGUAAACCUAACGUUGGUUCGCGUCAGUGCAGUGAAUGCAAAGAUGGAAGUUAUCAGCUAGAAGAAAAUAAUCUUUUUGGUUGCCAUGAUUGUGGUUGUAAUAUUGGUGGCUCCGUAAAUAAUAACUGUGAUAAAAAUUCCGGACAGUGUGCAUGCAGACCACGCAUCAACGGUCGACAGUGCGAUAAGGCACUCCAGACUCAUUAUUUUCCAACCCUGUAUCAACAUCAGUUCGAAAUUGAAGAUGGACGCACUCCAGCUAAUACUCAAGUUAGAUUUGGAUUCGAUGAAAAUAUUUUUCCUGGCUAUUCUUGGAGAGGUUAUGCAAUAUUUUCUGAAAUUCAGGUUAGUAACUUGAGAAUAAUAGAAAAUCCAAAUCUUUAA